CGGGCCUGGAAGGGCGUGGAGGGACUGUAGGGAGCCCGAAGGGCUCGGACGUUGCGUGGCCGCGGCAGCAUGGUGGGCCCGGAGAAGGAGCAGAGCUGGAUCCCUAAGAUCUUCAGGAAGAAGAUCUGCACGACGUUCAUAGUUGACCUCUCAGAUUCCGGAGGGACCUUAUGCCAGUGUGGGCGUCCUCGGAGUGCCCACCCCUCAGUGGCUGUGGAGGAUGCAUUUGGUGCAGCCGUGGUGACUGUGUGGGACAGUGACGUGCACACCACAGAGAAGCCCACUGACGCCUAUGGGGACCUGGACUUCCAGGGCGCCGGUCGCAGGACUAGCAACUUCCUCCGGCUCUCUGACCGUACGGAUCCGGCGACAGUCUAUAGCCUGGUCACGCGGGCGUGGGGCUUUCAAGCUCCGAACCUGGUGGUGUCAGUGCUGGGGGGUUCCAGUGGCCCUGUCCUCCAGACCUGGCUGCAGGACCUGCUGCGACGUGGCCUGGUCCGGGCUGCCCAGAGCACAGGGGCCUGGAUUGUCACUGGGGGGCUGCACACAGGCAUUGGCCGGCAUGUUGGUGUGGCUGUGCGGGACCACCAGACGGCCAGCACGGGGGGCACCAACGUGGUGGCCAUGGGAGUGGCCCCCUGGGGUGUGGUUCGAAAUAGAGACACCCUCACCAACCCCAAGGGCUCGUUCCCUGCGAAGUACCGGUGGCACGGUGACCCUGAAGAUGGGAUCGAGUUUCCCCUGGACUACAAUUACUCGGCCUUCUUCCUGGUGGACGAUGGUACCCACGGUCGCCUGGGCGGGGAGGACCGCUUCCGCCUGCGGUUUGAGACCUACGUGUCGCAGCAGAAGACCGGGGUGGGAGGGACUGGAAUCGACAUCCCUGUGCUCCUCCUCCUGAUCGAUGGUGAUGAGAAGAUGCUGAAGCGGAUUGAGGAUGCCACCGAGGCUCAGCUCCCCUGCCUCUUGGUGGCUGGCUCUGGGGGUGCUGCUGACUGCCUGGCAGAGACCCUGGAAGACACCCUGGCUCCAGGGAGUGGGGGAGUCAGGAGAGGUGAAGCCCACGAUCGGAUUAAGCGUUUCUUCCCCAAAGGGGACCCUGAGGUCCUCCACGCCCAGGUGGAGAGGAUCAUGACCCGGAAGGAGCUGCUGACUGUCUACUCAUCGGAGGAUGGCUCUGAAGAAUUCGAGACCAUCGUUUUGAAGGCCCUCGUGAAAGCCUGUGGGACCUCUGAGGCCUCAGCUUACCUUGACGAGCUGCGUCUGGCUGUGGCUUGGAAUCGGGUGGACAUUGCCCAGAGUGAACUCUUCCGGGGGGACAUCCAGUGGCGGUCCUUCCACCUGGAGGCGUCCCUCAUGGACGCCCUGCUGAAUGAUCGGCCGGAGUUUGUGCGCUUGCUCAUCUCCCACGGCCUCAGCCUGGGCCACUUCCUGACCCCGAUACGCCUGGCGCAGCUGUACAGCGCAGUGCCCCCCCACUCCCUCAUCCGCAGUCUCCUGGACCAGGCGUCCCACUGGUCGGGCACCAAAGGCCAGUCUCUAAAAGGGGGUUCUGCGGAGCUCCGGCCGCCCAAUGUAGGCCACGUGCUGAGGACACUGCUGGGAGAGACGUGCGCCCCGAGGUACCCCUCCACUGACGUCCGGGACCCCCACACCGGCCAGGGCUGCAGGGAGAGUGCUUGUCUGCUCUCGGACUGGGCCACCUUGGAACCUUCGAUGGACGCUGCCUUUGGGCAGGCUCCCUGGAGUGACCUGCUCCUCUGGGCGCUGCUGCUGAACAGAGCCCAGAUGGCCAUGUACUUCUGGGAGAAGGGCACCAACGCUGUGGCCUCGGCCCUGGGGGCCUGUUUGCUGCUCCGGGUGAUGGCCCGGCUGGAACCUGAGGCGGAGGAGGCGGCGCGGCGGAAGGACUUGGCGGUCAAGUUCGAGGGCAUGGCCGUCGAUCUCUUCGGCGCGUGCUACCGCAGCAGCGAAGACAGGGCUGCCCGCCUCCUGCUGCGCCGCUGCCCGCUGUGGGGGGACGCCACCUGCCUCCAGCUUGCCAUGCAGGCCGAUGCCCGUGCCUUCUUCGCCCAGGAUGGGGUGCAGUCCCUGCUGACGCAGAAGUGGUGGGGGGAGAUGGACAGCACCACACCCAUCUGGGCCCUGGUUCUCGCCUUCUUCUGCCCCCCACUCAUCUACGCCAACCUCAUCACCUUCAGGAAUUCAGAAGAGGAGUCCACACAGAAGGACCCAGACUUAGACACGGGUGCCGGAAUUAACGGGGAAGGGCCCGUUGGGCCCAAGGACGCCCCUGAGAAGGUGCCCCUUGGUGGGCAGCGGCAGCCAAGGUCCCGGGGCUGCUGCGGGGGUUGUGCCCGGCACAGGUGCCUGCGCCGCUGGUCCCACUUCUGGGGGGCACCGGUGACGGCCUUCCUGGGCAACGUGGUCAGCUACCUGCUGUUCCUGCUGCUCUUCGCCCACGUGCUGCUCCUCGACUUCCAGCCGGCGGCGCCCGGGCUGGCCGAGCUGCUGCUCUACUUCUGGGCCUUCACGCUGCUCUGCGAGGAGCUGCGCCAGGGCCUGGGCGGCGGCUGGGGCAGCCUAGCCAGCGGGGGACCCAUGCCCGGCCAGACCCCUCUGCGCCACCGCCUGCAGCUCUACCUCGCGGACACCUGGAACCAAUGCGACCUGGUGGCGCUCACCUGCUUCCUCCUGGGCGUGGGCUGCAGGCUGACUCCAGGCCUCUUCGACCUGGGCCGCACGGUCCUCUGCCUGGAUUUCAUGGUCUUCACGCUGCGCCUGUUGCACAUCUUCACGGUGAACAAACAACUGGGGCCCAAGAUCGUCAUCGUGAGCAAGAUGAUGAAGGACGUGUUCUUCUUCCUCUUCUUUCUUGGUGUCUGGCUGGUCGCCUAUGGCGUGGCCACGGAGGGGCUCCUGAGGCCUCGGGACCGUGACCUCCCGAAUAUCCUGCGCCGGGUCUUCUACCGGCCCUACCUGCAGAUCUUCGGGCAGAUACCCCAGGAGGACAUGGACGUGGCCCUCAUGGAGCACAUGAACUGCUCGUCGGAGCAGGGUGCCUGGGCGCGCCCAUCCGGGAUGCAGGCCGGCUCCUGCGUCUCGCUGUAUGCCAACUGGCUGGUGGUGCUGCUCCUCAUCAUCUUCCUGCUCGUGGCCAACAUCCUGCUGCUCAAUUUGCUCAUCGCCAUGUUCAGCUAUACAUUUGGCAAAGUACAAGGCAACAGCGACCUCUACUGGAAGGCACAGCGCUAUAGCCUCAUCCGGGAAUUCCACUCUCGGCCUGCACUGGCCCCGCCCCUUAUCGUCAUCUCCCACGUGCGCCUCCUCAUCAGGCGACUGUGCAAGCGUCGCUGGGCCAACUUGCCCUCAUCCCCGGUCCUCGAGCAUUUCCGUGUCAACCUCUCGAAAGAAGCUGAGCGGAAGCUAAUGACAUGGGAAUCUGUGCACAAGGAAAAUUUCCUUCUGGCACAAGCACGGGACAAACGGGAGAGUGAUUCUGAGCGACUCAAGCGCACUUCGCAGAAAGUGGACACGGCGUUGAAGCAGUUGGGACAGAUCCGGGAGUAUGAGCGACGUCUGAAAGGGCUGGAGCGGGAGGUUCAACACUGUAAUCGGGUUCUGGAUUGGGUGGCCGAGGCCCUGAGCCGUUCUGCCUUGCUGCCACCAGGAGGGCCACCACCCCCAACUGGGCCCACAGACUGAGUGCUGCUGGUCUUCAGUGAGUAACCCCCAUAGGGAGUUUUAUUCCUAGAGUGAGGCCCAGCUGGACUCUACUUGUGCACCUAGCGGCUUUAUCCUUGAGGUGGACCUCAUGCUCCUGAACUAUACCUGGUCAGCUGUUGGGACCACCUUCUGGAGCGUCAUCCAUACACACCACAGCAGGCUGGGGUUCUCCCAGGACCAUUCCUUCUCUGGGAGGAUCGAAUUCUGAGGCCUAGCACUGGCCUCCUUGAGGGCCUGCCACAGCAGGAGGAGGCUGGAGGGCCUUUGGAAUUACAGGGACCACAGACCCUAUUCACAGCUUCCCCACACUGGGGAAAUAAAGCUAUUUGAGAUGA